AUGGAUUACUCACUUGAAUAUUUAGCAGAAUUGUAUGUUAAUGAGAUUGUGAGGCUACAUGGAGUUCCUGUUUCUAUUGUAUCUGACCGAGACCCAAGGUUUACAUCUAGAUUCUGGACUAGCUUGCAAGAUGCUUUGGGCACUAGGUUGAACUUUAUUGGUGAACGAAAACUUAUUGAUCCUGAUAUUGUGCAACAAACUGAAGAUAAGGUAAAAGUCAUCAAAGACCAUCUAAAAAUUGCUUUAGAUAGACAAAAAUCUUAUGCUGAUCUUAAGAGGCGUGAAAUUGAGUACCAAGUGGGAGAUAAGCUUUGUGACCCUGCACAAGUAAUCAACCAAGCAAGGAUCUCCAAUAAUGUUGUUACUAGUAGUGACUGCAGCCUGUUGCAUCUCAGCUAUGUAGCUGUUGGUGUUGUGACCAAGCAAGGAUCUCAGCCAUAG